AUGACCAGCCACGGCGAAAACGGCGUUGCAUCAGCCGAAACCCCUGUUCUCCCUGCAAUUCCCCCUUCAGCCCCGGUUCAAGGUAGGCGGCACCAGGAUGCUUCUGCGGGCAAAGCCAGAGACGGCUGGGCAACCCCCAUUGUUACCACUCACGACACAAACGCUCAUCAAACCGUUGUUCAUCAUCGCUUUCUUUCCUCGUCAGAGUGGAGAAUCAUUGCCAAUGGCAUCGGCGGGUUAGAGGGCGAGGAAAGCGAUAGGGCGGCCCAUCCUUCACAUUGGUUAUGGCCCUCAUUUGGCAUGCCUCCGGGACUGUACCGCGAGGUCGUUUCGCACAAAUAUCGGUUUUAUUUCCUAUUCCACUUCACCAGUGUUGUCCGAUGGAUGCUCAUGAUCGCUCAGCUUUUAAUUGGAGCGUCCAUGACGGCUCUGGGCGCCAUGUCGCCCAACAGCAGAACGCUCAUAACAGUUCUCGGUGCCAUCAACACCGUGGUCGCUGGGUUUCUUGCCAUCCUGCACAACAGUGGUCUUCCAGACAGAUACCGAAACGACAUGGCAGAGUUUGAAGAGAUUGAAGACGACAUCAAAGAAGUAUUGAACUCGGGCGUCGCCCCCGCCGAUCAGACCGCCGAUCAGAUUCUUGGCGGAUUUUUCGACUCGUUCCGCGAGGCCAAGUCGACCGUUGCAGUGAACAUGCCCGCGAAUUAUGCCUCAAAACAAAUGCUUUCAAGGCAGAUGGAUACUACUGCAAAGAAGGGUGUCUCGAAACAGGACCAGGACCAGGACCAGGAUUAA